AGAUUCUGCUUUUGGAAAAUACUUAUCAUUAGCAUUAUUUCCUUUUUUGUUGUUCUCAGUAAACUACUUAGUCAGUAUUCUGUUCCUCCCAAAUCCCAUUAUGGUGCAUUUAAUUACUUGCAGAAAACCUAUACAGUUGUUUUCAAGCUUAAAUGCAAAUUCAGUGUGGUUUGUGGAUUCCAAGAGAUCUCUAAUAAUAUCAUAGCCCUGGAUACUGCAACUUGCGGACUAAUUUAUUGAAGCCUCUUUGGUAUUCCGUGCAUCACGAAGAUAGUCCCUGGGCAAUGCUAUGUGAAUGUGUUUGACUAUUUUUCUUAUCAGGGUAGAGAUUUCUGGAAGUUUGAGCAUUCUUAACAGAGGCUGAUAAACAGCAGAGGGAUAGAUCAGCUGAUUUUUUUCUACCAAACUUAAUGAAAAUUAUAACCUUCUUGAAAUUUUAAUUGGAACCCAGAAUCAUAGGAUAUAUAGAUGGAUACACCUAGUUUGUGUAUAACUCUCCUGUUUAGAUGGUGACCUCCUUAAGAACAGGGCCAUGUUGUGUCCUCUGUAACAUAGACUUCAGCUCAUAUCAGUACCUUGAGUGUAAUAAGUACUACAAGUUUGUUGUGGUUAAUGAUUACGUAAGUAUCAUUCCUUUGGGUAAACCUCAGGAAUUUAGCACCUGUAGCUGCCAUUUUGUUAACCUACUCACCUUCCAGUUCACACGUUUUUUCCUUUGGUGGCAGAGGACUGAUUAUCUUCGUGUUCUCUCUUACCAUGUGCUCAGCCAAGGGAAGGGAUUCUCCACAGCAGGAUGAAUCAUGAUUAACCUGAGCCAAUCAUGGUGACUCUACUCCGAUUUCCAGGAGUUCCUUUAGGCAUGGGUUUAUGAAGUACUGAUAGCCGGAGAGACAUUGAGGGAAGUCUGGUAGGUUUCUGGGGGGGGAAAAAAAAUUCCUUGCUCUUAUAUAGAGAUGGUAGAAAAGUCUGUGUGCUUCUGGAUCUUGUCUGCUAUUCUGCCUCUUGAUACCUAGAACAAUAAUAUCCACCUUGGGGAUCCUCAUGAAGUCAGCUGACAUAAGAGGGAAAUCAACAUACUUAAACAGGCAGAAUGGCAAGAGGGAAGGAGCAGGGAGUUUUUGAACCACUGGAUCAACCCACCCUAGUAAUAUAUUUCAGUUCUCUGUAGCCUAUCUGCAAAAUUCAGCAGAAUGAAAACCUCUUUACUACUUAGCUGUUAAAAAGAAAGGAGGUCUAUGCAUUGAAUAAAUGGUCUAAAAGGAACAGGUGAGAGUAGCAUCAGUCCUCCAGCCUACCACUCUUCCUACCCAUUUAACCAUCUUGGAUCUGUUUCUAGUAUAAAAUGGAUGUGAUUUGUAGUCAGGCUUCAUGGACUAAUAGGUCACUCGUGGAGGUCUUCACUGUUCCUAUUCCAAGGGGAACUGUGGAAAUGAAGAUGAGUUGAGGAUAUCAUCCUUGAUGGAUGUAUUGCCAAUUAGAAAAGCUUACUGCAUGAUAAGAGCUUAGAUCUGAUUGUCCAUCAAGGAUAAGAGAGUUUCGGGAAGGUUUCUCCCUCCCAAGCCUGCUCUGUUGGAGCAAGGUUUCUUAAUGUUACUACUGACAUUUGAGACCAGAUAAUUAUUUAUUUCACACGACUGUCCUGUGUGCUUUAGGAUGUUUAGCAGCAUCCCUGGCCUCUAGGUGCUAGACACCAGUAGUACUCCCCAUUGUUGUGACAAUCUGGAGACAAUGUUUCCAGAAAUAGCUAAAUAUCCUUUGGGGGCAAAAUUGACCCCCAUCUGAGAAACCACUGUGUUAGAAAUAAAGGAUUGUUUGUUAUAGGUGCAUUUGUUCUAAGAUUCACGUGGGAGAGAGGGGAAGUUCUGCUUAUCGUUGCCUUAACCACUUCAGGUCUUAUAAUGAAAAAAAUACUCUGAAUUCUUCAAAUCAGUCUUUUCAAUCAUACGAAGAACAUUUAGAGUUGAUAUAUGUUUUGAGCCAAAGUGUGGUUACUGUUUAAACUCUUCACCCUUAAAAAUCAGCAAACUAAAAAGCAAAAUUACAACUACAUUAUAUUUUAAAUUCCAUCCCGAAAGGUUAAAUAAUCACAAAUCUAAGAAACAGCCUCUAAUAUGAUGAUAUAAACUGUCUUCUUAGUAAGGCUUCACUUUGUCAAUGUUAAUAGAAUAAGCCAGGAGUUCCCACUCCAUAUGAACUUGGGAAAAGUCUACAUGUAAAGACAGUUCAGAUGUGAACUGAAUGAUACCUAAAUAAAAUUGUAUGAAAGGGCAAGUUGAUUGGUUCCAAUUUUAUUUUUAAAAUCAAAUAUUAACUAAAAUAUUAUGGUCCAGAGAGUACAAUAAAUCCUUUUGCCAAAAUGACAAAAUUCUCUCAAUAUGCCUGUGAUUUAAAUGUUGAUGUCCAUUCUGCACACUAGCAAAUGAGGAUUGUCUUUUCUUUUUGUGUCCCCAGGGCUUUAUGGCAUGCCUGGUGCAUAGGAUGUGUCCUAUAUAUGUAUUAAAUAAAUGUUUGAGUGAGUGUUGCCAAUUUAUUCACUCCCUGAAACAGACUCCAGGUGAAGAAUUAAAAGCAAGCAAGCAUUAAAGCACGUUUAAAGCAGUAAAGAUGCUCUUGUUUGCAGCGCUAAAGUAAUAUAGUGAUUUAUGAUACUUGUGGCUAUCCUUUUCUCUGCUUACUGCUACCCUUCCAGUUACCAUGUCUGUUAAUUCAACUUUUAAAGUAACUUUCAGACUUGGCUAUAUCUUCACUUCUUUACUGCUAUUUCAAGAGUCUGGGCCACUGUUGUCUUUUGCCUAACCUCAUCUCAUACUGUAGUCUUCUCCUCCAAUCCAUUUUCCACAGAAGGCAGCCAAAGUGUACUUUCUAAAAAGAGAACAUUUUGAAAACACUUAUAAGUCACCUUCCAGCUUGGAACCCUUAAGUGUGUUGUUUUUGUCCUUGGGGCAUAAUCCAAAAUCCUUAGUCUAAUGUUUAUGACCCUGAACCUCUUAUUGCUGUUUGCCUUUCCUCCUCCAUCACCCUUGGUGCUCUCCUCUUAGACUUUGCCAAACUCAUGUUCCUUCCUAUCUUAAGGUCUUGAAAUUGCUGUUCCUCUGCCAGAAGGCUUAUCUCAUUCUUUGGUUGGGUAAUUCUGAUUUAUCUUUCAAGUCUCUGACUAAGCAUCAGUUUCUUUAGAGAGCAAUGCCUUGGACCUCUAAUCAAAGUUUAAUCCCCUUUACAUUUAUUUUUUCUUUUGAUACUCUGUGUUUCCCUUUCACAACCUGCAGUUAUACAUUUGUGUGUUUGUUUAAAAUCUGUUCUCGCUAGAUAAUCUCCACAAAGUAGGCGUAUAUCUAUUUUCUUUAAUAUAUGACCCGUGCUUAAUAUUUGCCUGUCAUAUCACAUAGUGGGUUGUCCGUAGCUGUUUUAGGGAACAAAGUUGAAUUUGCCUUGCAAGAUGGCAGUGUAUCUGGCUAACAAUAUAAGUUGAUUACAUUGUCCUCAUGUUGAACCUUUAGGCCUGGAAUAAGCAUUUAAUGUUGGAAGAGAGUGGGAAUGAUUUGUUCCUGCUUCCCAAAGGGUGGCAUAUUUGGUAGCACAGAGAACUGGUGACUGGCCAGGUACAUUCACAAAUAUGUGAAUGAUAACUACUUUGCCUUACAGAUAGAAAAACAAUGAAUAUAAAGUGGUUAGGCAGCUUUUCGAUCUAUCUAGGACUGGGAAAGAAACUCAAGGCUUUAAAAAAAGUUAUCUAUUUAUUUAUUGCUUUAGAGUUUAUUCAAAUUGUUGUAUACCAUGAGUCAUUGCUUAGUAGCUUUUUGGCCAAUAGGAUUUCAGUAUGCAGUGCACUGACAUAAACACUUGGAUUGGCUUAACUACCUCUGAUGUCACAAUUUCCCCAUUAGGAAGUCAUAAUUUUCUUGAAAUCACAUUGUAGUAACAACAACUCUUGUUAUUCUGUUUCAUUUAUAAGAAAGAUAAUCUACCAAAAAUAAAAAUGCUGGAAGGAGCAAGAUAUCUUUGAUCCACACAGACCUUUUCCAUUUACAUGCUUUAUCUUCUGCCAACAAUCGAAGCCAGCUUCUUUACUUUCUUUUAUGAUUGUUGUUUUUUUGUUUGUCAGUUAAUAGGCAAAUAGAGGAAUGAGCCUACUUAGAAUUGCUCCUUCGACUCAUAGUUGUGUUUCUUCUCGACUAUUGAAGCUUAGCAUCUUUCUACUACUUAGCCUUCCUGACUCAAAAGGAAAAGCCAUUUGGACAGCCUAUCUGAAUAUAACGUUUCAAGUGGGAAAUCGGAUUAUAUCAGAAUUAGGAGAGAGUGGAGUGUUCGGGAAUCAUUCUCCUCUGGAAAGGGUGUCUGGUGUGGUGGUACUCCCUGAAGGAUGGAAUCAGAAUGCUUGUAAUCCUAUGACCAAUUUCAUCAGGCCCGAACAGGCAGACUCUUGGUUGGCUCUCAUUGAACGAGGAGGCUGUACUUUUACACACAAAAUCAAUGUGGCGGCAGAGAAGGGAGCAAAUGGGGUGAUCAUCUAUAACUAUCCAGGUACGGGCAACAAAGUAUUUCCCAUGUCUCACCAGGGAACGGAAAAUAUCGUCGCAGUAAUGAUAGGUAACUUGAAAGGCAUGGAACUUUUGCACUUGAUUCAGAAAGGAGUCUAUGUGACAAUCAUCAUUGAAGUGGGGAGAAUGCACAUACCAUGGAUAAACCAUUAUGUCAUGUCCCUGUUUACCUUCCUGGCUGCUACAGUUGUCUACCUUUUUCUGUACUGUGCCUGGAGAGCUAGAGUGCCCAAUUCUUCCAGCAGCAGGCGAAGACAGAUAAAAGCAGACGUGAAGAAAGCUAUUGGUCAACUUCAACUGCGGGUGCUCAAAGAAGGGGAUAAGGAACUAGAUCCAAAUGGAGACAGUUGUGUUGUUUGCUUCGACAUAUACAAACCCCAAGAUGUAGUACGUAUUUUAACUUGCAAACAUUUUUUCCAUAAGGCAUGCAUUGACCCCUGGCUUUUAGCCCAUAGAACAUGCCCCAUGUGCAAGUGCGACAUUCUGAAAACUUAAGAAACCCAGAGAAUCUUCUGAAGAUGUAACUGAGUCUUUCCAAAGAUUAAAAUUAGAUGAAUUAUCUUAGCACUUUAUGUAGAGAGAAAAUUCAACUUCAGCUUCUCUACCCAAGUACUAAAGGGUAAAAUUUGUGUGUUUUUAAAAUAAAACUCCAUAUCAUGCUCAGCCAUUUGAACUUGUUGUUUUUCUAAUAAGUUUUCAUUGUUAACAUUUUUGCCCUUAUCCAAAUGAGGACAUUAGUACAUGUUAAAAGCAAAUUAGUCUUUAUCUUCAAAUUAUAAUGAUUGUGACAUUGAUGUCACAGCAAAUUAGUCAUAAUAUUUUAAAGUAUUUUAUAUUAAUUUUAUACUUUGUUUUCAUAUUUUUGAUGUCUAAUAAUAUCUCUGCACAAUAAACUUCAUUAUAGGAUUUGAUCUUAAUUCAAUUCUCUGUGGUUAAUUAAUUAAUACCAAGGAAAUAUGGUUUCCAAAGCUACCACUGGGUAGGUAAUAUGUUCUAAAUAAUUAUUAUAGGUAGCACUUUUGGUUAUGUAGAAGUAUUUUAAAUGAUUAUAAUCCUCAUUUAGGGAAGCUUUGCAAAAAGUCACCUUUGUGUUUGCCAGAGCCCUGAAUUCUAGCAGAGUGGAUCAGUUAUGGUGGCAGAUGUCCCUUCUACAAGUGACCCUAGUAAAUGCUUUUCUUUUCUUCUCAAAAUGGUGGUUAGUGUGUCUCUAUUUGGGGCAUUUUGAUAAUAUAGAAAGAGCAGAGCUGAAAGUUUCCUGCAAUUUCCUUUCCAAGUGGUAUCUUUUGCCUUAUUUUGCUUUUUUU